AUGAGGAACAUCUUCAAGAGGAAUCAGGAGCCCAUUGUGGUUCCUGCCACCACCACUGCCACAAUGCCAGUUGGGCCCAUGGACAACUCCACUGAGAGUGGGGGUGCUGGGGAGAGCCAGGAGGACAUGUUUGCCAAGCUGAAGGAGAAGUUCUUCAAUGAGAUCAACAAGAUCCCCUUACCACCCUGGGCACUGAUCGCCAUCGCCGUGGUCGCCGGCCUCCUGCUGCUCACCUGCUGCUUCUGCAUCUGCAAGAAGUGCUGCUGCAAGAAGAAGAAGAACAAGAAGGAGAAGGGCAAAGGCAUGAAGAAUGCCAUGAACAUGAAGGACAUGAGAGGGGGCCAGGUAGGGAAAAACCAGAGUCAUGAUGAUGAUGAUGCGGAGACAGGCCUGACUGAGGGAGAAGGUGAGGGAGAGGAGGAGAAAGAGCCGGAGAACCUGGGCAAACUGCAGUUUUCCCUGGACUAUGACUUUCAAGCCAAUCAGCUUACCGUGGGUGUUCUGCAGGCUGCGGAACUGCCUGCCCUGGACAUGGGAGGCACCUCAGACCCUUAUGUCAAAGUCUUCCUCCUCCCAGACAAGAAAAAGAAAUAUGAGACCAAAGUCCAUCGGAAGACACUGAACCCUGCCUUCAAUGAAACUUUCACCUUCAAGGUGCCGUACCAGGAGCUGGGGGGCAAAACCCUGGUGAUGGCCAUCUACGACUUUGACCGCUUCUCCAAACAUGACAUAAUCGGAGAGGUAAAGGUGCCCAUGAACACUGUGGACCUCGGCCAGCCCAUCGAGGAGUGGAGAGACCUGCAAGGCGGGGAGAAGGAGGAGCCAGAGAAGCUGGGUGACAUCUGCACCUCACUGCGCUAUGUGCCCACGGCUGGGAAGCUCACUGUCUGCAUCCUGGAGGCCAAGAACCUCAAGAAAAUGGACGUGGGUGGCCUUUCAGACCCCUAUGUGAAGAUCCACCUGAUGCAGAAUGGCAAGAGACUCAAGAAGAAGAAGACGACAGUAAAGAAGAAGACCCUGAACCCGUACUUUAACGAGUCCUUCAGCUUUGAGAUCCCCUUCGAGCAGAUUCAGAAAGUCCAGGUAGUGGUCACCGUGCUGGACUACGACAAGCUGGGCAAGAAUGAAGCCAUCGGCAAGAUCUUUGUGGGCAGCAAUGCCACAGGCACAGAGCUGCGGCACUGGUCUGACAUGCUGGCCAAUCCUCGGAGGCCCAUCGCCCAGUGGCACUCACUUAAGCCCGAGGAGGAGGUGGACGCACUUCUGGGCAAGAACAAGUAGGCAGCAGUGGCUGGGACCCCGCACCCUUCAUGGACACGGACAAGAUCCAGAGCUAUCAAUACCUCAGUUGUGCGACCUUAGAGGUUUUUUUCAUCUGUUCGUGAUUGUGUCCUUGUUUUUCCUUCCUUUUUCUCUUUUUAAAGGCCAACUUCCCUUUGAUGGCUGUGUGAAGAGAGUCCCCUAAGAGGUGAAAGAGAAGCCUGGCUCUGUUCAUCGUCCCAGGAGCUGCCCUUGCUGCAUGCCCUGCCUCGGUAUCCCACACUCUUUCAGAGCUUCCCUAUGCCUCACCCUGGGUGAGGCCCUCUACUGGCAGAAAGUUGCAGCACUUCCUGCUUUUUGAGCAUUUUGGACCAACAAAAUGGCAGCACAUCCUGUUUCUUGACACGGAAGGCAACGCAGCACAGUGGCCAAUGAUCCAUGUGUGUGCACACAUGAGUGCAUGUGCAUGCGACUUUGAGCAUCUGUCUUCACUCCUGGAAUGAGCCAUGGACAGUGAAGUAGUGUAGGAAGAGAAGGCUCUCUGGGGGCUCUGAAAUGAAUAAAGUCCACUGUCUAAUUGGGAGAUCUUCUGUUAGCUUGUGGAGAAGGCUCAAAAUCCUGGUCAGAUUCCAGAAGCUCCCACACUCCUUGUGGGUGGCUACUUGGGAGGCAGCAAGAUGUGGAGACUGGAUGUGCCUAGAACUAGGACCAAGCCCUGAUGCCAUCACAGACUUCUUCAUGUCAGUCAUGGUUUCCCCAGAAGUGUGGUUUCUGGGACAUUCAUGGAUAUAAACUAUUUACUAGAUUGGCCAGACUCUAACAGGGACUGUCAGUCCUAGGACCUCACCCUUGUUGACAAUGAAUAUCAAACUAUGAAGAAACAGAAGCCCUAUUACCCAGAAAGACCAAAAUUAAACUCC